CUUUACGAGUGGCGACCUGAAGGCCUGCAUGAAGGUGGCCGCGGGCCAGGAGCAGACCCGGCCCUCCAAGGUCCCCCGCCCCAGUCCCCGCUGGUGGGGGAGGAGCGACAGCCACAAUGGAUCCUCCCGCGGGCUUUGUGCGCGCCUGGAAUCCAGCCGUCGCCGCCCCUACGAGCCCCCUGCCCGCGGCGGGCGCGCAUUUCCGGGCCCCCCACCGCUCGGGUCGCCUCGGCCACCGCUGUCCCGGCAGAGCCAGGAGCUGCUCGCGCCAGCUGGUGGCGGUCCGGCCCCAGGCGCUCCCCAAAAUGCCGGUCGACUUCACCGGGUACUGGAAGAUGCUGGCUAACGAGAAUUUCGAGGAGUACCUGCGCGCGCUCGAUGUCAAUGUGGCCUUGCGCAAAAUCGCCAACUUGCUCAAGCCAGACAAAGAGAUCGUGCAGGACGGCGACCAUAUGAUCAUCCGCACACUGAGCACUUUUAGGAACUACAUCAUGGACUUCCAGAUUGGGGAGGAGUUUGAGGAGGAUCUGACGGGCAUAGAUGACCGCAAGUGCAUGACUACCGUGAGCUGGGUUGGGGACAAGCUCGAAUGUGUGCAGAAGGGCGAAAAGGAGGGACGUGGCUGGACCCAGUGGAUUGAGGGUGACGAGCUGCACCUGGAGAUGAGAGCGCAGGGUGUGGUCUGCAAGCAAGUGUUCAAGAAGGUGCACUGAAGCCUGAGAAGACCUUGGCCUCAAGGAAUGAGCGGCAUGGAUGUGUGGGUCGGGAUCCCCAUCUUUGCACAGCUUGCGGCAGCAAUGUCCAGCUACCCCCAGCAUUCCUUAGCAGAGUCUGUCUCUCAGCUUUGUCUCUUUUCCUUUUCUUAAAAUGAAGCCAUCCCAAUAAAAGUGUUCCCUGCUCAAGA